UGGAGUCUAUUCGUUAGCACAGUGUCGUGACAAAAAAUGGAAGUAAAGGUAGCGGUGUUGCGUUUCCGAGCGUUAGUCUAAACAACAUGGAAGGUUUGAGCUCCAGCUCUAUAACAUGUGAGAAGUGUACAAGCCUAAAGGGUUUUUUACAAGGCGAGUAUGUUGCAGUGACGUUUCUCCAGUAGGCGUGUUUUGCAAGUGGGAGUGCUGUGAAGCCUUUACGGGACGCAGACGGGCUGUUAAGAAGAAGAAAACCUUCGUAGGAGCGAAGAGGCAGACGCCAGCGGCGACCCUCACAGUUCCACUCACAGUCCGCUGUUCUGCUCCUUUUAACCCCCUUCCUCUCCCUCUUCCAGCAUCUCCUUCUCCAUAAUGUCGAGCGGCGGGGACGUCGGCGUGCUUUGCAAGGAGGAGAGCGCUAGGAUGCCGGCCUGGAAGCGGGAGCUGCUGGAGCGGAGGAAGGCUAAGGGCGGCGAGGUGACGGCUCGAAGCGGCUCGAAGAGUGAGGACGAGGCCACGGGCACUGAGACAAGGCAUCACGGCGCGUCCCCGGCCACGUCUCCGGUGAAGACAAAAGAGCCGCGGUCGUCGUCGCCGUCGCCGUCCCCCUCCCAUACCAAUGGCCGGGCGACGGAGACGGAUGACGAUGACGGCGGCGGCGGUCUGCCAGAGAGCCUCGUGCUGCGAGAGAGUCUGGGGCCGCUGCAGGAGAACCCGUUCAUCAAGCUGGAGAAAGAGCGCAAGAAGCGACGGGAGAGAGAGAACGCGGCCCGUCCGCUGCAGCACGUCCUGGAGCUAUACGGCAGCGUCCCGGGCAUCCGGACCAUCCGCGCUGAAAACAUCAUUAUCAUUGAGUCCGACCCGGACUACUUUCCGGAGGGCGCAGGGUUGAAGCAUGGGGCCAAACCGCAGCAGAACGGCACAGUGAGCGGAUACAGCUCUCUCAACGACCUGCUGGACCGGAGAGGUAGUCCAGUAACGGAGAUCCGCGCGAGAGAGGUGGUCGUUUACGACACGGCACUCAGCAGGAGCGAGGAGAACCUGAGCACGCUGGGACGUCCAGACGGUGACUUGGCCGAUCUGACUGAAGGACAGGGCAGGGUGAGUCGCAUGCUUCAGAAGUUCGAUAGGAACUAUGGCAAGCUACAAGGGAAAUCCCGGAGCUCGGAGAACCUUCUCGACCUGGACACCGGACCGUCCCGGUUCAGUCCCCGGCCUAAGGCUCAGCCGGACGUUGUGCCAAAGUAUGCAGCGAGUCCACAGCCAAGCUCACCCGUUUGUGUAUCGCAGAGCCAGGUAGUGGCGGAACCAGUCUUCCAGAACAGCCAGUCUUCCAAAACAAAGCUGCACGACUCGCCUGGUGAGCCAGCCAGUAGCACUCCAGUCUCGGGAUCUCCACAGCUAGUGUCUUCCUUCCGGCGCCGCUUUGAGGCAAGCGGGGGCCGUAGCGUAACAGUCAACUCCAGAGAGGAGGCAGAGAGGUCCCAAGCCAAGCCAGUGAGGGAGCGGGACUGGGAUGGCACAGAUGGGGCGUCCAAAGCCAAGGUGCCAUGCUCUCCAGAGAGCCACCAUGCCCAUGCUGAGUCGUCGCCGAGCCCUGCUGCCAUCACUGAGCCCAUCACGUCGCCCAGCUUUGAGAUCCGCCCAUCCCCUCGUCCAGAUUUGUCCUCCCUGCCUGCUAGUGAUCUGCAGGCUCGCGCCCUCGCCAACCUCCGCCUUCAGUCUCGCAAUUCCUUCACUGUCAUCCCUAAGCGUCAUGGGGCUGCCCCAGUGCCCUCCAACUCCGUCCAGUCUCUGGCGCCCUCUAGGCCUGUCAAGUCUCUGGCCCCCUCCAGCCCCGUCCAGUCUCUGGCGCCCUCCAGCCCUGUCAUGUCUCUGGCGCCCUCCAGCCCUGUCAUGUCUCUGGCGCCCUCCAGCCCUGUCUUAUCUGUGGCGCCCUCCAGCCCUGUCCUGUCUGUGGCACCCUCCAGUCCUGUCUUGUCUCCGGUGCCAACAGUGCCAACCCCUGCUUCACCAACACCCUUGCCGGCUGCUCUGUCCACAGAAAAGCUAGCAAAGACCCCAAGCCCGCUAUCAUCAGCCAAAACGGAACUUCCUCAGCCUGCUUCACCCCGGCUCAGCUUAACCACCCUGUCUCACGAUUCCACAACACCCUCACCUGGUUCUCCCACAAAAUCUGUGUCACCUCCUGCGCCGCAGGAGGCCCAAGCUCCCGAUAGGCUGCCCAUCACUAACAUUGAUGACGUGGUGGUGGAGCCCUUACCGCCCUUCCCCAGCCCCAUGGUGCAGAGGAGGAAGGGCAACACGUUUACGGUCGUCCCAAAGCGCAGAUCCGAGCCCCAGCUUGCCUCAACCGAAACCCAGGAACCUGCCUCAACGCCCCAGGGUUCCCCAUCCACCCCGCAGGCGCCCUAUGCUCAGCUGGGCACCCUGCUAAAAAAGCGCUACCCAGCAGUAGAGGAAAUUGAGGUAAUCGGGGGCUACCUCUCUCUGGGCCGGUCCUGCCUGUCCAAAACUGGCUCCACAGGAAAGAAGUUGAAGAUCUCCUUCAACGAGUCCAGCCUGCAAAGCACUUUCGAGUACCCGUCUGAGUGCAGCGCCUGGGACAGCGGAGAGGAGGAGGAAGAGGGAGGAAGAGGAGGAGACGGAGGAGGAGAGGAAGACGGAGGAAUCAGCAUGGAGAGGAUCCACAUUCCCCGGCCCACCUACACCUCCAGCCCCACCAACCAUACCCCCAACAGCACUGAUCUGUCCAACUACACUCCAAAGCAUUCCGUAGAGUUUACUGCCUGGCAAGAACACAAGCUUGAUGACCCUGCACACCUUGGAGACGGCAGUUCCCAGCAGACCAACAUGUCAGAGGAAGUCAUGUUGACACCAGCAGACAGCUCCUCCCUCUCAGACUUCAGCAGUGAACCAGCUCUCUACUUCUGAACUUUGCAGCAAAACUGGAGGCACAAGGGACCAACCAGCAGCCUAACCGGCCUACACACACACACAUGUGCACACACAUAGGAAAGGAACCAGUAGCAUCCACCCAAAAAUGGGUGGACUUCUUAACUCCAGUCUUUCCAUUUCAUCUCUGCUGUCAGUGGAAAAACCCAAAGCAGCUGAGGUGGUCUCAUCGUCCAUCUGUUGCCUGUCUAUCUCCAUGUGCUUUAAACUAACUGUCUGACUGUGGGUGGGCCAUCUUGAGUGUGGGACAGAAUCUGGACUGUAAAACACGGUUUACAGGCUUGAAUGUUGCCAUGCUG